UGCUUGCUGAGCUGUAGCAGAACAGAAGAAAAAAAGAAGGAAAAAAAAGGAAAAGACGAGUGCAGUUCAGACCCGAUUGCAUGAAUGUGUCAGGGGAGUUGGCCUGAAGUAUCACAUGAAGUUUGGUGCAUCUCCAAUGGAGCGUGUCUGAGUAGGACGACUCGAUUCGAAUUAUUUCUCAUUAUGGCAAGCCUACAGCUGCUGCUGCUCCUGACUCUUCUUGUCUGCUCUGCUUGUGGAGCUGGGCUAGAUGAUAAGAAAGGACAAUUAGAAGAUAAACUCUUGGAAGUGCAAGAAGCCACACCAGUGCCAUAUGCUAUUUUUCAGUUUAUAUCCACAGCAGAGGGCGUGUCAUCUUAUCUGGUGAGCGGUGAGACAGAGGGGAAGAUCAACAUAUCUACUGAUGGCUGGCUGUACCUUUCAGAAGCACUGGAAUGGAGCCCAGGAAAAAAACAUACUCUAAGUAUUGGGGCACUUUCAGCUGAUGGUGAAACCGUCGAUGGACCUUGCACAGUUGUUCUCCAUGUUGUGGAUGUCAACAACAAUCCUCCUAUCUUUGAUCAGGUCCAGUAUAGUGGAACUAUCAGAGAGCAUUCACCUGCAGGAAGUUCAAUUGUCCGUGUGUUUGCCACGGAUGCCGAUGAUCCGGACACACCCAAUUCACAACUGAGCUACAGUAUUGAGAGCCAAAUCCCCAACCCUACUGGUGUAGCUUUCUUUACCAUUGACCCAAACACUGGCGAAAUUUCCACCACAGAAGAGGGAGCUGCAUCACUAAGAGCUAGACCUGGAGUGAGGUACAGUCGUGGAGAAGCUCGGGGGAGUGUUGACGUUCUGAAGAAGAAGUUUGAUGAAUUCUGCCUUCCAAAGAACGAGAUACCAGUCGAGAACAACCCCUUCUUCACUUGUGUCCAACGUGUUGAGAGCAGGCAACUGAAUGUCAUGCAGGAUCCAGACUACACUCUAAUUGUGCGAGUGGAGGAUUUAGGUGGUGGGGCUCCAACUGCGCUGAGCAGCAUCACAAGGGUCAAUAUUGCUGUGACUCAAAAUCUGUGGAUUAGCCCUGGCCUAUUGCCCAUCAUGGAGAAUUUAAAAACGGACUACCCCAUGUUACUUACCACGGUACGUGCCAAUGACCCCAAUGCACUGUACAGACUGGUGCAGAAGGAGAGAGAGGUUCCCUUUCCUUUCACUAUCGAUGAAGAUGGAAAUAUCUUCGUCACUGAGCCGCUGGACAGAGAGACCAAGGAUGGGUACACCCUGGUAGUCUUGGCUGUGGAUGAGCAAGGCGUCGAGCUCGAAUCUCCUAUGGAGAUCCAUGUUGAGGUGGGAGAUGUGAAUGAUAACCCUCCUGAGUGUACCGAAGCUGAAAUGGUGUUGGAGGUGCAGGAGAAUGAGAAAAUUGGUAGCCGUGUCGGAGAUCUAAAGGUUCAUGAUGCCGACGAGCAACGGAACUCACUGCUGGUGUACUCGAUUUUGAGCCAGAGUCCCACCAAUCCAUCUGACGGAAUGUUCUUCAUUGACGAAACACGUGGAACGAUCCAAGUGGCCAACCAUAACUUCCGUAGGAAGGAUGUGCCGAAAUAUCAUCUUAAGGUUUCAGUUACAGAUGGAGCUCACAGCACAGUGUGUAAUGUUGUCAUCAACAUCAUUGACCUCAAUAACGAGAUCCCCAUCUUUGAGAAGAAUGAUUAUGGGAGAUACAGUGUUCCAGAAUUAGCUGAAAUCGGGGACACUCUGCUAACUAUCAAGGCUACGGAUGCUGAUGACCCAGGGACAGGCAGCUCGAAGGUGGACUACCACAUCACUGCAGGUGAUCCGGACAACGUAUUCGCCAUCGAAGUUGAUGAUGCCACUGGAGAGGGCAGAAUCUACAUAGCACGGCCGUUGGAUUAUGAGACUCAGUCCACCUAUAAUCUUCAGAUUGAUGCUCGUAAUCCUGAGCCACUAAUCGAGGGGGUGAACUACGACGAUCGUUCCACCGCGGUCGUUGCCAUUGAGCUGGUCGAUGUCGAUGAGCCUCCAGUGUUCACCCUAGAUAUUAUGAAUGUCAACAUUCCAGAAAACGUCACUGUAGGAACCACCAUCUUGACAGCCGAUGCUAAAGACCCAGAGGGACACAAAAUCAUGUUUAAACUGGAGGGAGAUGAGCAUGGCUGGCUGGACUUAAAUGCUGAAACUGGAGAGUUGAAAACCAAAGCAACGAUGGACAGAGAAGUGGUGGAUCAACUCACUGUCCGAAUCAUCGCAUAUGAGUCAGAGGGUCAGAUGCAGCAAACUGAGAGGGAAGUGUCCAUCCAGCUGAUGGAUGUAAAUGAUAACUAUCCUAAGCUACAGCGCUCUCGAGGAUUCAUAUGUGUGAAGAAGCCAGAGCCCUUGAUCUUAACUGCUGUGGAUGGAGAUGCUGAACCAUUUGGAGAACCCUUUACCUUCACUUUGCAACUGACCAACCGCAAAUCUCAGAACUGGGCACUUGUAUCUGUAAAUGGCACCUCAGCUAAGCUCACGCUGAAGAAGAAGCCCACCAGUGACCAGACCAUCAGCAUUCCUGUCAACAUCAAGGACAAUGCAGGGAUGGGUAUUACACAAAAGAUCGACGUUCGAGUAUGCAACUGUACUCAGAUGGGUUACUGUUUUAUUGCGCCAGAGAGUCCUGCUUGGAAGUUUAGCCUGUCCACUACAGUGGGCAUUCUAGGAGGAGUUUUGGGAUUUAUCGUUUUGCUCCUGGGUUUUUUUAUAUGCCGCACGAAGAAGAAAGGGAAAAAGGAAACAACGACGGCUGAUGGGGAAACCAACGCCAUGCUCUAGAUGCCAUUCUCAGUUACACACACCGGAUUAUUCAGUUCACAUGCAGUGUUGAUAGCGCAUGGUCUCUUUGAACUCUGUUUUUUUUGUAUUUUAUUUGGCAGGUAAUUUAAAGUUUAAAAAAAAAAAAAGUGUUGAACUAUGUAGUACUGGGACACACUUUAGGGCUGGAAUUGUCCAUUUCUGUUUUAAAGAGAAGGCGCCGGAUCGUAUCCAGGUGACGCUCCCAUGUCCUGUAUUAGGCUUUCUUAAACAUCUCAAUUAAAUCACGUUGAUUAAUAUUAAAUGUUUAGCUAACUCUUAGAAUAAAACAGAAUUGCAAAUGACCUGAUUUAGCCAAGAGUUUGACAUAACACUCCAUCAUAUAAUUUCUCCAUCUGUAAUUCCUCACUCACCAGUGUUUUUGCUGCUGCUGAUUUUGGUUGUGGAUUUUCUGUGCGUGUGUGGUCAGUGAAAGUUUAUACUACAUUAAUGUAUGCUCUGUUAAAAUACAACUGCUUAUA